GUUACUAUGGUGACGACACAAUUCUUGUCUUGCCGCGAGAGGAACAAGACCAUGGAUAAGGUUUCUAAGAAAAACAUUUGGGCAAACAAGAUAUCUCUUGCCAUUUCUUCAGCAAAAGAAACCCAAAAUAAAACGCCUGAAGUCAAAACGCCUGAAGUCAAAACGCCUAAAGUCAAAAGUGUGACAAACGUUUGCAACACUAGAUACGCCUUAGAGAGACGGUUGUUCCAGCAACUCCUGGAACUAAAGAGAGUCCAGAUCAAGAACACGCGAGCCAACGAGCAGGUGCUGAUCAAGAGGAUGGUGGACGCGUACAUGAAGGAGGGGGUCCAGCUGGGCAUCCGAGGCUAUAACGGCCCCUACAACUUCCAGAGUUACGAGAAGUAUCUAUACGACCAGCUCCGGUACCUCCAGAGUUCCCAGAGCAACAAGAUCCCGGCCUUCAAGCCCACCGACGACGUGGAGCGCCUCAGUCGGGCUCUUCGGCGUCAGGAGAUCCUGGAGCUUCCUGACCCUCUCAUGACCCCACGUGAUCCUCACACCUGCAACCACACCACGCAUCGCUGUCACCACGCAGCACACGCCUAUACGGGCGUACCCUGCGCUGCAUAUUUGGGCCAUCGAGGGAAGAAGAAGAACCAGCUCUCCCUCCCGAAGAUCGCCGGCAGCACCAACGCCAACGGGGGCAGCUCCUCCCUGGGCGCGUCUCCAGGACCUGCCUCGGGCGGGAGCCUGGGUCGCAAUCGCCCGGGGGAACCCAUCGGCCUGCGGAACUAUGACCCCAAGAGACCCCUCACUGUUGAACUACAGCACGGUAACACGAGGCAGCAGAUCACUCUCCCUACAGAGAUCCUGGACAAGAAUAAGAAGUACCAUCUAACCUUCACCAUUAAGCCGUCCGCGCCAGGCCAGGAUGGGCUGUCUCCAUCGAAGGACGGAUCGGCGUCUCCCAAGCGCUCAGCCUCGGCGCCGGAGGGCAUAGUGCCGGACGAGGCGGUGCAGGCAGAGCCACGGCCAGAACUCCGCUCAGCACCGGCAGAGGGCAGGACCGAGGCCAGUGUCAAUGAUUAAGUUACUGGAACUUUCAGAAAAAGCAAACAAACAUAAAUGA